AUGGCCUCCGCGAUGAUUACAACAAUCUCACCCUCUACCGGCGAACCCAUCGUUGAACGGCCAGAGACUACUCUGGAAGAAGCACACAAGAUUGUGAGGGACUCGUAUGAUGCGUUUGUUUCUUACAGAAAGAUGCCUUUAUUGGAGCGCAAAUCCAUCGUGGAAAAGGCUCUCAGUCUCAUUGAAGACCGCAAAGAACAGCUCGGGCGUGAAUUGACCAUGCAAAUGGGCCGCCCCAUCUCAUUCAGCACCAAGGAAAUCGAUACCAUGCAGAAGCGCGCCAGAUAUCUCCUAUCGAUCUGCGAAGAUUCCCUGGCAGAAAUUCCGGGGCAGCCCGAAGCUGGCUUCAGAAGAUACAUAAAAAAAGAGCCUGUCGGCCCCACGCUCUUGUUUCCUUACCUAAUCGUGGUCAACUCGCUGAUCCCCGCCCUCCUCGCCGGCAACACAGUCAUCUUAAAGCCUUCGCCGCAGGUCCCACUCGUCGCAGAGCGUCUCGUCGAGAUCUUCGCUGAUGCCGGCCUCCCGCCCCGAGUCCUCCAGCUCAUCUACUCGGGCUCGCCCGAAGCGCUGUCAGAGAUGGUGCAGUUUCCGGAAAUCAGCCUCAUCACCUUCACUGGCUCCACGUCCGGCGGCAUGAGUCUGCGCGAAGCCGUAGCGAAGCGCCUCGUCCCCAUAGUCCUCGAGCUGGGCGGCAACGAUCCGGCGUACGUGCGCGCCGACGCCGACCUGGCGUGGGUGGCCGCGCAGUUGGUUGACGGGGCCGUGUUCAAUGCCGGCCAGAGCUGCUGUGCGGUCGAGCGGGUGUAUGUGCACGCGGAUGUGUACGAGCGCUUUGUUGAGGAAGUGAGGAAGGAGCUCGCCACUUACGUGCUCGGGGACCCGUUCGAUGCGGCAACGAACGUUGGCCCCGUUAUUUCGAAGGCAGCUGCGAAGAAUAUCGAGCUGCAAGUUGCUCAAGCGAUUGAACGCGGUGCACGAGAUGCUACUCCGACAAAUCCAUCGUUCGAGACGACGAUGGAAAAGGGCAAUUACAUCCGACCAACCAUCCUCGUCGACGUGGACCACACUAUGCGUAUCAUGCAGGAAGAGACAUUCGGCCCUAUCAUCCCAAUAGCUAAGGUGGAAUCGGACGAGGAUGCCAUUGCGCUCAUGAAUGAUAGCGCUUACGGCUUGACGGCCAGUGUUUGGACUAAAGAUGUCCAAUCUGGAGAGAGCUUGAUCGACAAGAUCGAAGCUGGAACUGUCUUUAUCAAUCGUUGUGAUUACCCUAGUCCGGCAUCUCAGCCCAAAUCAGCAAACACCAUGUCCGGCCGCCUCUCCGGUAAAAACGUCAUCAUCACAGGCGCCGCCGGCGGCAUCGGCCUCGAAACCGCAAUCCUGAUGCACCGCGAGGGUGCCUCAGUCCUGAUGACCGACAUCUCCGGCCCCGCGCUCUCCGCCGCCCACGCCAAAGCGGUCUCGCACUCACCAUCCACCUCCAGCCGCCUCGAAACGCUCGUCGUCGACGUCAGCAGCGAGACCUCCGUCGCGGCGGCGGUCGACCACGUCUCUGCCUGGGGCGGGGUGGACGUCAUGUUCAACAACGCGGGCAUCAUGCACCCGGCCGACGGCGACGCGUUCGAGUGCCCCGACGACGUGUGGGAGCGCACCAUGGCGGUGAACGUGCGGGGUGUGUGGUACGGGUGCAAGCACGCGGUGCGUGGGUUCCGGGAGCAGGGCAAGGCGCGGGGCAGCGUGAUCAAUACGGCGAGCGUGGUGGCGCUGGUGGGGAGCGCGACGCCGCAGCUUGCGUAUACCGCGAGGUUCCGAUUCAACUCGUUGUGUCCGGCUCCGCUUAAUACACCGAUGCUCCAGGACUUUCUUGGCGACGAUAAAGAAAAACGGUUCCGCCGCGAGGUUCACUUCCCCACGGGUAGGUUCGGAGAGGCUGUGGAGCAGGCACAUGCUGCCGUCUUCCUCGCUAGCGACGAAAGCAGUUUCGUGAAUGCCACGGACUUCGUCGUCGAUGGCGGGCUGACCAAAGCCUAUGUCACGCCAGAAGGGCAACCAACUGCCGCGCCUCGCAACAUGGCUGCUUGA